AUGACAACCUUCUUCAGCUCGAAGCUUCAUACAAUCUCAGCUGCCCCAAACCUGGCAGAAUGGCACAGUUCCCGAUCACUCUUGGCGUUGUCGUGCAAUAUAACCAACACCGAAUCGGAAUUGUAUGUUGUUGAAAGCAAUGUUAGUUUGCGAAUUAUUCAGAGCCACUUUUAGAAGCCUCCUCUCAAAAUAAGGUUACCUAGCAAUAAGCCAAUUAAUCGGAUAUCUUGGCACCCACUUAAUCCCACCCUGGCAAUCUCGUGGAAAUCAUGCGGCAUAUCCAUUGUUGACAUUGCUAAAAAUUCUAUGAAGAAUAUCGACACCGUGGCAUACAACAUAAACACCCUUAUUUGGUCCCAAAAAGGAUUCCUUCUCUUUUGUGCUUCACCGUGUGGACACUUAAGCUUAUGGGUGUUGUCCGACAUGGCCUCUCAACCUCAGCAAGUCAUUUCAACAACAGUUGAGUCCUUUAUAACAUCAGCGGCACUCUUUAAGAGGGACUGGUAAAUUGAAAAUUAAUUUAAACUUUUAGUAAGUUUAUGAAGGCCUCUAAUGCCCCUGUGAUGAGUCGCGGUGGGUUGAGCGAGGUGCCUAAGCAUGUUGUCCAAUUGAACAAAUUGAUCGAUACCGCUGUGAUAUUCGGAGGAUGUAGCGAUGGUCUGCUCAAAUCUUCCUUGAUAUAUUUUUUGAAGGUCACAUAGUGCGUUUGUCAGCUGAGCUAAAUGCUCUUGCGCGAAACUUCGAGACAACGACAGAACGACUUUCUUCCAUCGCCCAUUGUGGAGCUCCUGUGGUCAAAAUUUUAGUGGAUGAAUGUUACCGAUUGCUUCUCGCAAUAACGGAAGACAACAUGUUGAUUGAAUUUAAGAUUUGUGAUGAAGCUGGAAGAACCUUGUCAGAAAUCAUGCGAGUAAGUAUAAGAAGUAUAUAUUAAUUAUAUUGCCAAGUGCUGAAACAAAUUUGACACCCCACGGUAUUCCAAAAAGAAGUUCUGAUUAGUUUAGGGUGUCACCCGGAGAGAUAAAAUAAAAACUUGCUUCGUUUCCCACCCAAAUAGGCUAAAAAUUUUAAAAUUGCUCACGACGACUGUCAACAAAAUUCUCCUACGAAUAUAUUCUCGGUCACUAUUAUAUUAUUAAUCGAUUUUCAGUAUCUCCAUCCCAAAAAGAUGGACCGGUAAACAUUUCUUAGGAUUAUAGCAGUCAAAAAAUCCACUGACGAAUUUUGUUAAGUUUUUCGUAUGGACGAAUUUAGUACUCAGGUGGUUUGAUCUCAAGUUUUAAAUAGUUUGCUUAAUUUUCUUAGUUUUAUCCAAAAAUAAGUCACUUUAUUAAAAUGACGCGCGAAGUAAUGUUUUGCUUAUUAUCUUCGGUAAUAACACCAGCACAAUGGUGCUCAAUACUUUCUUGUGAGCAUGUCCACCCUUCUCUAGAGGCGAGCUCCAAGCAUGGGUUUCCUAAAAUUUUUAAUCAGGAGAAUGUUUUUGGGUUUUAAAGUAUGAUUUGUAAAGGGUUGCGCUAGUUGGCAGACAGUUUACAAAUCGCGUCAUUCAUUCGGUUUUACGGGUAAUGUGCGGUCUCGUGAAAAUGUGAUCAUUUUAUCCGUGUUUCAGCUAAUGGCAAUUAUUGCUUUGUAAUUUUUCAACGCAGUUUGCCGUAAACCACAAAACGAAAACACAAUUUUAAAUUGUCUUAGGAGAUCAAGUGUGGUAAUGAAAUUAUUCAGUGUAACAAUUCCAAAACCAAACCUUUUGGUAAAAACCAUAAUCCCCCAAACACUAUUAAAUAGUUAGUGUUUUAGUUUGUUUGUGAAAAAUUAUAUAUAUAUCCAUCGUAAGGCGUUCGAACUACUUGCAUUAAUGGAAGAUUAUAAGUUUGCAUGUUCAUUUAUCCUCUUAGCCUCCUCUUCGAUUAUUAUGUCUUGAUCAGCAUUUUAUGUCAGAUAUUUUGGCGGUGUAGAAAAUAUUAAAAAUAUUAUCUUACGCAUUUCCAGCCGGGUUUGAUUCGCCGUUUUUAGUUUAGAUUUUCUAAAGGCGCUGGAGUACGUCAAAUUUUGCAGUGUCGGUUCUUAACUUCCACAUAUUAGUUCACUAGACCUUGCUACCAGUUACCUGUGGAUGUAGGAUGGUUGAGACACUUAACAAAUUACUUGUGAGCCAAUUAUUUGGCUGACCAAACAAUAGAAAGUAAAGCAUUGUCCUCUUUAAGAAUGAUGACAUCAACCUCGUCAGAAAGGAUGCACAAUAAAUUUAAAUGUCGCUUUUUUUCUGAUCGUACUCCCAAAAAGGGCAAUGGCCAGAAGUCCUAACAUAUAUUUUAGCGAUUGUCUGAGGCUUUAUAAUUCAACUCAUUGGACUCAACAAAAAAGCCAGUUUACUAGGGAUCCGGAUAAGAAGACGCUAUUGUACAUUUUAGCCUGAUAGUCAUGCAAAAUCCGCUAAGGUGUUGCAGCCAAUAAACUCAUAUUCUAAAUUUCACCUUUGCCAGCCUUGAUAAAAGUAAUGUCAUGUCUAAAACUACCGUUGAAUUAAAACUGACUGUCAACGUUUGUUGGGGAGUGGGGUAUUCUAGAAUGAAGUCUUAUGUACGCUUCUUGCAGAAUGAAGAGACAAUUAGGUGGUUAGUAGGUCGAUCGUUGAGGCUAAUGUAUAUGUUGUUCCCGGCUAAAAGUGUUUUUGUUUUCUAAACUCGCAUUAUUAGUUGCAACCAUUUUUGCAUUUUCAUUUUUUCAUCCUAAAAACCGUAAGCUUCCGUUUUAGUCAAUUAAGAUUUCUCUUAAGUUUUGGACUCCGUGAAGCCGAUCGGCGAACUCCUAUGUACUGUCACACAAUUUACGUUUAUCCAGUAAAUGGGCGGCAUGGAUUUUUAACAGCGCUUCAGGUUUUUGAAACUGCCUGUGUUUGGAAUGACCUAUGAAUGAUGCAUUUUUUACAACGACCGUUUAUUUAUCAUUAAGUAAUGCCAGAGAAAUAUACCUAACAUACAAGCGUCCUGCGUCGGUAUCCCAAUCCUCAAAACUUCCUCAUUAAGCAGCACUCUUUAUCUAUUUAAUGAGAAAUUACGCUGGAUCGGUAAUUAGCCAAUCCUCUUAGUAUGCAAUAGCGGAAUAGGAAUUAGGUUCGAUUAAUAUUAAACAGCGUUCCUAUUGGAAAAAACAGCUACAAACAGAAGUCUUUUUAUAUGUGUACUGGUGAAAAGCUUUGACUUGUUUUGCGAGGAAUUCCACGGGGUUUUGCGGCUUGUUAUUACCCAUCUCAUUACCAAAAUAUAUAGCAAUACAACAGAGACUUUUGCCUAUUACAGCGGUAUUUAUAAGUUAUUUUGCAUGAGCAAAGUGCCGAUAGUGCGGGACGGGCAUUUUGCUCUGUGAAAAUAUAAAGUUAGGUACAGUUGCUUUUUAGUAUCAAGAAGCCUUUUACAUCGUACUUGCUCUCACUAACUACCAGCUUAGAAACUUGCCUUUGAAUAUAACACAUUUGGUCAUCUUUGGAUUCCUUGUCUUAGUUAAAUAUCUCCGGUCAUUCAUGCUUCAUCGGGACGUUUGAUGUUAGUCCCUCUCAGAACGGAAAAAUUUCUGGCGUCGUUAGCUCAUCGCAUCUCAUUCUACCAUAUGUUUACUCAUUUAUUUACAACACCCUAAAAAUACCCCACUUACUUUGCCUCAUUUAGUACACAUGAUAGUUUGUUCGGAUUAAAAGGCUCCGGCAUAAGUCUUGAGCGGUCGUGAAUAUUUACGGAGACAUGGCCUCUGGUUCUAUCUGGGCUAAGACAACGCAUACAGAUAGCGCAGCUUGCUGGGGAGCAACGUUUCGCAUGCUGUUUUAGCUUGUAAUCGUUCUAUGGGUAACUGGGCUGCCGGAAUGGUUCCCAACCGCGUCUGUUGGCAUUGCUGAUUUACGGUCCGCGAGAGCCAGCUUAUUUCUCAGCAAGUCCGAGCUGGAUGUCUGUUUACAAUUAACCACCUAUGGACAAGCCUGACAGACUGCGACAAAUCUUGUCUUUCCGGGAUUAUCGUCAUAUUAGUUCAAGCGGACUAGGCGUUUGUAAGCUGAUAGAAACUGCUCGAUCAUGUAAUCUUUGAUGUCGUUCAGACUUGUACUUGAGUCUUCUGCAAUCACCGAUCUCAAAUACAAUACGCAACUCUAACACCUGGUAAUAAUAUUUUUUGGCAUCAACUUUGCCUUCCAGAUAUUUUACCUCUGUUGCCGUUUGAUUAAUUUGUAGUGAUUUUGAUAGCAAGAUGAUAAUGUUUAUCUCUCCUGGGAAGACAUUUUGCUCAAUCCUGCAGUAUCGGUGAAAUCUAAGGCCCCACCGGGGGUCGGAUCCCAUUUUUCACAACAUUCCUAACCGGAGUGCAUAUACAGUUGCUCAGACACUUGUGCAAUGAUUAAAAAUUAGUCCUAUUUCUUUGGCGUUCUGCAGCACAAAUCCUAUUACUCCAUCGUGCAUUCCGUUAACAACUACGCUCGAGCGACAAAUCACUUUCGGAGAAUCAUAGUUUUGGGAAAAGUCAGUCAAGAUACAGGGGUCUGCAGUGUUUUCAUUAGCGAUUAAUUGGUUCGGUUAUAUCAAGUUACACAUUUGUGACAGUUUAACUGAUAAAUCAGUGGAACGCUGUGAAUAUUGAUCACGAAUUACCUUGCUCGUUGGACAGAUAUUUGACACCAGUAACUGGUUGUUGAAGACAAUGUUUAACAGGUCAUUGUGCUCUUUUCAAAAUCGGUCUGCCCACACCGCUAGUAGUCUUCGACAAAAUUUCAAAUAAAAUUUAUUUGCUUGUUUACAUUUAUGCUUUUUUGCUUAGUUUCCCAGGCUCCUUGUGUUGUACGAUGUACACAACAUUUAAAACAUGUCUAGAAUCAGUUUCUCCGAACUUAAAAAUAAACACCUUUUUUCUAAAAUUCAUUUAGUUAAAACUGGCUUCAAAACUAAGCAGUGAACCCAGUUUCGGCUGGGCCGGUGAAAUGACACUUGCAAUGGCCCUUGGUGAAAACGUCAUCCGGUUUUGGGACAUAUCGAAAUCGGACAAUUAUACACUAACUCCCAGUCUAUCGACCACUAGUGAUCAACAAACUUCCGUUCGAAUUACUCGGAUCACAUACUGUCCGAAAUUUAGUACGUUUCAUUCGUUUACCCAUUUCCUGUUCUUUGCGCACUGGAUGUUAUGAUAACACAUAUUUAAACUCUACUUUAUGUCUAAGCAUAGUCGUUUUGUGCUUUCUGCUUAUUAACAAGUCAACCCGGCGCUGCUAUGGAGUUCUACUCUUCGUUUAAGGGCUACUUGCGGCCGGUUUAAGUAACGGCCAAAUCGCAAUCUGGCGGAAGGUUUCAAAUCCGAAGCACUCCAAGGUUCAGCCGGUCGAUGCGGAACAGCGGAGCCUCUGUUCCACUGCAGGCUCCCUAACCGCUGAAACUGGUUCUGCCGUUUUUGAACCCGCAUCACAUUGGCAUGCUCAACCAAUCAUUGACCUGCUAAGUAAUCACGCGGACGAAAAUCUGCGCGAAAGUGGCAACGUCUCGGUCCGGCUUAUUGCCUGGGAUAACUUUGAGGGCAGACUGCUUGCCACUUAUGAUGCGGCCGAAGGCGCGGAUGAGACUUGUGUGGGUAAGUUUUUGUUAAAAACCACAUGUAUACAGAUUUAACUUUCUUUUAAAUUAUAACCGCCGUCUACUUAGCUGAGACGAGUGGAUCGGAGAACCCAGGUCAUGCAUUAUAAAUCAUUUUACUAAGAUAGUUUACAGGUGGAGAAUAGGAAUUUCUGCAGAGUCGAUAUACUGUUGCAUGGAAGACUGACUUAUGGCCAGAGUAGUCCCUCAGAUCCCUUUUUCUACGCUGUAAUACUGCCUUUGUCAUUUAUUCUUGUGUCUUUUUUCCAAAAAAUCCGAUUGACGACCGACGUGAGCGACAUUCAAUUUUUAUUUUUUCACCUAAACUUUCCGAAAGCGUGUUUCAGUAUUUCACACAGAAUUACUAUCUUUCGAUUUUCUUCGGCAAGGACGCAGUAUGCGUCACCAUACAGAAAACAUUAACCAGUUCAUCGCAGCAUAUUGUCUAUUUUAUAAUUGGGGCUUCCGUGCUCUCGUAACUAGAUGAAGUCUAAUCAACUUUUUUUGUGAAAACAAAUUGGAGGAACUGUGAAAAGUGCUCAACUUUUGCUUGCACUAUCAAAUAUCUGGAUACCCUCAUCAGUCCUCGGGGAUUGGGUUCUUGACACGCGUGCUCUUUUGCAAGUAGCUGUAGAGAAAUUUAGGAAGAGCACGCAAUAUACCACCCCGACAUUUAUCCGAACGUUUACCUACUAUCGCGCUCUCCUUUCCGCCGUUUAGUCCCCCCCAUAAAACAAGAUGAUCAGGUUAUUUGUCCCCUGAUCGGGUUCUUCUACUGCUUUCUUGGCUCGUCUUUCACUAACUCAGCAACACCGACUAGCCGGAUCUUUUGACGACACCCCUUCCUCAGUACAGAGUCGCGAUUUUAUCCAGUUUUAGAGGAUGAAACGAAAUUCGGCGUCUUCCUUCUGAAUCAACAACCCCUUUGUGUCAACUUGGGCGGCUAUGGCAGCGCGGUUGUCCAGAUCUCACCUCAAAAAAUGGUUGUGAUGUCGUCAGACCUGCGUAAACUUACUAAGCCUAAUGAACCCAGCAUUCGCGCCUCUCUAGUGGGCACCGCUGGGAGCGCGGCUUUGACUGCCAACUUUGCAAAACCAGUCGAUGUUUCUCAGAAUAUUCUCGCCGUUGAAGAGCAGCUUCGAGGAUGCUUUUGUACAAGGGUAAGUAAAUUACUACAUCCUAAGUGAUUUUUUCAGACAGUAAUUUGCCAACAUCUCACUUUAUCCCUCAAACUCAAGUUAUUCAGUUCGCAGCACAUUUCCUAAGGCAUUUUUUCUCCAGUUGUAUCGUCCGUGUUUCCUAAGGGACAUGUGAUUUAGAAUUCCAUCAACAAAGUCUUAAUUCCUACGCUUAUCUUAGUUAGCAUGAUCUUAGGCUAACUACUGAAAGAGUCGCCUUUCUGGUCUGACUUAACAAAAAACAUUUGAGGGUAGCGUAUGUAGGAGUGAACGCAAAGUCAGCAUAGACGAAGGAACGAUUUUCUUCAUGAAUAAUCAACGCUUAAAAGUUGUUCCGGUGAUUGAGCUGAGAGCUGAAAAUCUGACCUCGACGUAGACUUCAGAUAACACCCAACACUCAACUGAUUCCACUUUAUGUUAUAGCUGGAUCGUUGACGAAUAAUAAAUGUCUCUGCCGGAUAGCGUCAAAUAGGCCGCUUCAGAGAAAUGUCCCAACGACAAACACGAUAGAAUUUAUGCCACUGGCAUUUAAUACACCACUCACAGUUAAGUCAUUUUCUACGAUAGUGUCACUUGCAGCAGGGUUACUUGAUUCGUUCUCCUCUGUCUGAUAUCUCAGUUGAUAUUAUGCACUUAUUUAAAGAAGGGGUACAAUUAGGUUUUAAAAAGUUUCUAAUUAUAAGGUUUUUUAAGACUAUGCAAUGUCCAUUCAUAUAGCAUCGUGCCUGUCCGUUUACCACUGCUCCUCGUGAAAUGUACAACAUGGUCCGCUUUCACUGCAAAAUUUUGUGGAUUUUAUAUGGUAUCGUUUUGAGAGUAUAAAAGAAUGUGUGAUUUUCAUUACGCGGACCGCAUGCACCUUGCAGACUGAAAUCAAUAAGCGCUGGUGCAACGACUGAUCAGUCUCCAAAUUAUUCGGGAAUUGGAAAGCUUCUUUAAAACCCACUGAUACUCCUUUUUCGAGCAUAAAAUAUAAAAAAGACGUGAUUCUCUAUCCAGCGACCGAAUGAAAGCAUAUUUUCUUCGUGAUUUCUAUAAAAUAUAUUUUAAUUUGCAAGACCAUCGAAAAUCAAAGGGAAAAAUGCACGCUAAUUAAGUAGUCAUUUUUUACCGAGUUCUGUUAAUACAGGAGAUUAAAAAUUUGUGCAUUCAAAAGCUGAAAUCUUGCCGAGUCCGAAAUACUAUAGGAUUAUGUCGUAAGAUAAUCAAAAUUACAACCGUGCUUAGGUAAUCCUUCCCAAUCGAAAACACAUUUCAGAAUUUCAGCCAACAUUUCAUGAGAGCGGUCACUCACCGUACCAGUGUUUAUACAAUUUUUUUAAUCAUUAGUAGCCUUUAUCUCCCAGGACUAAAUCUGACCAUGCCUGAAAAUCAGCAUAUAUUUCCCUCAAGGAAUAUGUGUCUACGUGGAAUGGGAGACAACUACGUGUCUAUAAGCAUAGCAUCGAUAACGGCCUCGAACCUUUCUGUAAGUUCAAACUGGUGAAUGUUUUGUUUUCCUUGCUUUGGAGACGUUUCCUUAGUUAUUGAGCUCUGUUUUGUCUGUAGUUGUCUUCUAAAUCUUUUUCUAUGCGAAAGAAGAAAGCCUACCCCACAUUAGAGAAAAUGUAAGGCCUGAUUUUAACUUGCUGCUAGCAUUACUAAUGCCUUUGGGAGCAGUGUUUAGUGCAUCCACCACGGCUACUAUCUUUGUUGUUAGUAAUACGAAUUUUUCAAAUGGCACCAAUUUUACGGUAAUCAACACCGUACCACAACCGGUACUUUUAUCGAUGUCGAUCCAAAAAGAAUAAAAGAGCCUACCAUUCCUUUUAAAGUUAAACAGGCACUACCCUUCCCUACAUUUUUUACUAAGCGCGACAAAUCUGCACUGCGGCAACGGACGUAGAGAACUUUCGCAGUGUCAAACUGUGUAUUUCUAAACUCCCAAAAAAUCCGCUCAGUUUUUUGUUAUUUUUCUGGCGAACUGACCUUUUACUAAAUAAACCGAAAAGACAGCACUUGCAAUUUGACUGAAAAAUAUUUUUGGUAUUUUAAUAAUUUAUUAUUGCCGCCCACGCCUCCGUCCUCACUUGUAAUUUGUCCGUUUAUUGUGAACCUUUUCAGCAUCCUUUGCCUGCGAAUUUCAACUGGUCGGCAUGUAUGAGGGUAGCAUAUUCACGCGUGAAUCAUACAAAUUACAGGUCCGAAAUUUCCAGGUAUGUUUAGGCUUCUCAUUCUUCAAGUCCCUUUUGUCUUUCUAAGUAAACCUUAAGUCUGGUCAGCUUUGCUGUCUUUCUGCGGUGGUUAUAUGACGGGCGGUUGCAGUACGUAGACGAACAAAGCGCGCCAAAAUCGGCCAAAGUCAGGUGAAUAUUCGAGUAAAGUUAGGCCCUCAAUUUUACUAACACUUUGAUAACCGAGAGUACUUGAACCAAGUUCGCGUGUAAGUUAGUGAGGGCGGGUACUUCAGGCGCGAAGCAAUACGCAACCCAGUUGAAAUCUCCCUCACGUGACAGUUGAUCGUCGCGAACGACGACGUGCCGCUGUGCGCCCCAGAGAAUUAUGCAGACAGGACGGUUAAUUUGCCAGUGAAUUAGUUUUUGGUGAUAAUAGACAUGCGCUGCAUUUGCCGCACCCUCCCCUCUGUCACCUGCCUUCCUCCAAUGGUAGGACAAUAUCAGUACGACUUGAGGUGAACUCGAGCCUGGUGACUGACAAAGAUAAGCAGUCCGUAUACACCUUCCAUUAUCGACCUCGUAUCCGCACAGUGUACCAAAUUUUCGCGGAAAUAGGCGGCUCGAAUCGCACAUACUUAAAAGUACCAUGAGAAUCACAUUUGGAGAGAGUCAUUGUAGUCUGACUCCCAGACCUGAGAAGGGUCGAGGUGUCCUCUCAGUUAGCGACCUUCCAAGCCAUGACUCCUAGUGCGUGGUGAGAGAUUCAUGCGCGUUAAGUUCAUUGUAGUGAGGAUUGGGCGAAUUUUCCGUGGAACUGGAUUCCGCAGUGUCGGCCUUAUUUUCCCUCCCCUCUUCCAGACACCAGUCGACCGUCCGAGCCUGUCAAACAACGAGUGUUAUGAUUGGGCGCAGUGGCUAGCCUGGUGGGAGGGCAUGCGUCUUAGACCUGUCACAGACUUGUUGGGCAGUAGUUAUACGCUCGUGCGCACUCCCUGUUACCCCACAGGCGCGUGUCGCGUCUCAGUUUGAUCCGGCCUACCUGAACCAUAGCCUAGUUUAAAUAAUAUUGGUAUCGGAAUUUACGAAUUAAUGCUGAUCAUUCGCAAACCGGCACCAAUUUAUGAACCCAAUACCUAUGCUGAUAAAUAAAACUUUUAAGGUAAUUGAAAGCGUAAAAGGAAUAUUAUAGGUGAGAUUACGUUAUUUAGAAAUACCAAUGUUUAAAGAAAAUCAGAAAAUUUCGUGAACAUCUCACAGACUUGCUAAUCUGGCUUCUAGAAUCGAUUAAACCCCUGGUUCUCUAGAAAUAACCUCUGUGUUAGUAAUAUGAUUUCCACAGGUAGCAUCAGACGAAAAAUCAAUUCUCCAGUGCGGCAAGCUCAGGUUAGAACUUUCGAAAGUAAAUUAUUCUCCCCUCUGAGAGAAACGCGUUCAGAUUUGAAAUCGAAGUCUAGUUCGGGUAUUUGCAUAGGAAAUCGCCCAAAUAUAUCACAACGUCCAUUUUCACUCAAGUCUAUGCAAACUGUGUUUAAGAAAAUUGCUUAGACACCUUUUCUGUACGAGAAAAGGACAUUCCGAAGACGAGGUGGAGAACAAACGUUGAUUUCGAUAGCUCCUCUUCAGGCCGGCACAGGACGGGGUACGGUUAGUGAACAAAAAAUCGAUAAAAGUUAGUUUUUAAAUUCCAGGCUAGGCAAGAGCCGAAGGGCGCAGAAAGUUGCAUGUGGUCAGUCAACAUUUGACCACGGUAAACGCGGAGCCUGGGCGAGGUUCUUCUGGGCACAUAGGGUCGGCUUUCGUAACCUGAUGGCGGCCGCUUCUGCUGUUGCUAAUAGGCGCUGGCCCAAUAGCUUAGGGUAGUUCGAGGGGGCCCUAUAAAUGCUUCAGUGGGGUCCACACGAUGCCCUGAAUCCAAUGCAUGCGCAAGGAUGGCGCUGCCUAUUCUCCUUGUUUCACUUUUUGCCAGCCAUGCUGGGAGGUGCUCUCGUAUUCUUUUGGAUAGACGUUGACUCGUGUGACCAAUAUAACCUGCUCCACAAGAGUGAGUGAAUGAGUAGAUGCACAUUGAGAUGGUCUGAGGUGGCAGCCUAUCCUUGCCUUAUCCGCGCAAAAUAGGGUUAGUGGAGAAUGAUGUGCGAACCCCUACUGCUGGGAAGGUUCCCGAGACAGCUUGGUCAAGGCGUUAUCUUAAGUUCACUUGCAGCGUCUCCUUGGAAAGGGACUUUGAGGAACAAAUUUUCUUUUCGGCGGUCACUGUGAUGGGUUUUGCGGGUCGUUUGGCAAGGUCCUUUGCAAUGAACCUGUCAGGAUACCCGUUUUCGCGAAGUAAAUGCUGGUUUUUUCUAGGUUCCUCCUCGAUACUAUCUGUUUAACAAAUUUUUCUAGCCCUUUGUGCCAGAAACCUGACUAGAUUUCGUUUUCGUUGGAGGGAUACGAAACUAGCGAAGAUCGUGUAUUGUCCACACCAGGUUUUCUUCCGAUAAUCGCUCCUUUUGAUGCUACCGAAGGAGUCAUUACGACCUCGCCCUUCAUGCAGAUGACCUAGUUACGCUGUCGUUGGAAUUCUUCUGGUCCAGUGCUUUUGGCGUUUCGGGUUUUUUUGUAUAAUGAAAAAAUUGGGCGAGGACUGCGCGGCAGAUCGACCGUGGCGUACAGUCUCCACCGAGCACUCGUCAUGCGUCUGUAGCCACCACUUCGAACUGGUCUGAGGUGGCAGCCUAUCCUUGCCUUAUCCGCGUAAAAUUGGGUUAGUGGAAAACAAUAUGCCAACCCCUGCUGCUGGGCAGAUUCUCGAGACAGCUUGAUCAAGGUGUCUUCUUGGGAGUUCACUCGUAGCGUUUCCUUGGGAAGGAACUCUGAGGAACAAAGUUCUUCGUUUCGGCGCUCAGUGUGGUGGGUUUUACGGGUCGUUCGGCAAAGUUAUUUGCAAUGAAUCUGUCACGAUACCAUCUGUUGAGCAAUUUUUUCUAGCCCUUUGUGCCAAACACCUGACUAGAUUUCGUUUUUGUUGGAGGGGUACGAAACUAGCGAAGUUCGUUUAUUGUCCAGACCAGGUUUUCUUCCGAUAGAUGCUCCUUCAGAUGUUACCGUCACGUCUCCUGUUUAGAAGGAGAUCUACGAAAGAAAGUGAACCGGCUGAUUCCAUCUCUAACGGGAAUUUAAUCGACGGAUAUACUCGAUUUGCAGAAAUUUAGAGGGCAGCAACGUUGGUUUCUGCGUUAGCAAUUGCAACGAUAUUGUCAACGCAGCGACCGUAGUGUUUGAGCUUGCCGAUCUGAUCACUUGGUUGAACUCUAUCCAGUUUGCCCAUGAAGACGUCAGCUAAGAGAGUUCCAGGAGGCGAGGCCAUAGCAACGCCGUCUAUUUGUCCAUAGAGUUGGUUGUCAAAAAGGAACUGCACAUUUAAUGGUUACCUUAAUAAUUGUUCCUUUAGUGUGUUCGUGAGCAUUCCUAUUUCAUGCUGAUUGGCAGAUAGAAAAUCACAGAUGCAAUCAGCUGUCUCGGUGACCGGGACGUUUGUAAACAUUGAUGCAAAGUUUAGUAAGAAGAUAAUCAUGCCGUUAAGAUUGAGGUCUUUAAUGUCGUCAAUGAAUUGAAAGGUAUCUCGAUAGCUGCGUGGUGCUAUCUGAUGUUGUAUGGGCUUGAGUUUCUCUGCUAAGCACUUUGCUAUCGCAUGAUAGGGAGAGUUUCGCAUAUCUGAAAUCGAACAAACUGGUAGACCUUCCUCAUGGAUCUCAGGUAGACCAUAUAGUCGAGGGAUAUGUGUGCCGACUGGCUGGAGGUGUUAGAGGUCACGGUAACUUAUUUAACUUCCGGGGUCAGCACCUGUUAGCAACAGCAGAAGCGGCCGCCAUCAGGUUACGAAAACCGAUCCUAUGCACCCAAAAAAACCUCGUUCAGGCUCCGCGCUUACAGUGGUCAAAGAUUGACUAACCACAUACGACUUUCUGCGCCCUUCCGCUCUUGCCUAGUCUGUGUUUUAAAACUAACGUUUAUCGAUUUUUUAAUCCCUUUAACGCGUUCCCAUAUAAUUGUACCGGCCUGAAGAGAAGUUAUCGAAAGUAAGGUUUGCUCGCAACCUCGUCUUCUGAAUAUUGCUAUGGAAAUUUUCACAAUUCUAAAAGGGUAUUUACUCGAAGCGACCGGAUGAGUGAGCAAAGUGCGUAGCGUUACUGCGUCCGAAAAUUCUCACAUCAGCUUUUGUCAACAAGUUUCAUGAGUUAGGCCGCUUACUAUGUGCUGUAGAAAAUCCAACAAGCAUACUCUAUGUAACGGUAAUUUUGACCGGUUGGCAACUUUGUUUCUCUCCAAAUAACAUUCAUUUUGGCCAGUUGUGAAAUGACGUUAGUAUGAUCGCGCUUACGUUGUAAAUAAUGUGAGCCACAGACUUGUGCGACGUUAGUCUCUCUCGCCUUCUUCGUACAUACCCUGACUCAUCGGCAAGGGACCGUCAUUUGGAGUGGAGAUCGAUAUGGGCGCAGUGGUUAAUGAGACUGUAUGCUACUUCCUGAUUCUGUUCUCAAUAACCGGGUUCUAUGAAACAGGGAUUUUACAGUAAUGUGAGAGACUGACGUAAAUAAGUGAAAUGCAAAUGCUCGCCAGCUUGUUGUUAGAACAGCUCUAAGCCACUUCAUAUAAAUUUUUAUGUAUUUAUGUCAACUGCAUCUUUACAUCGCGUCUCCCAUGUUUUAGGGCACCGUGAAACAGUUGAUAAAUUUCUCCGAAAACGAAGGCGAGAUAUCUUCUGUAUGCUCUUGCAGCGGUUUUAUGGCCUGUUUAACAGAUGAAGGCUAUUUGAGAACAUUUGACUUGACCAGAAGGUUGGCUUUUAUUCGUUAUUAUUUGAUUUUAUAAAAUUUCUACGUUAUCUUUCAAUAACCACUCUAGCCCUAAUGAACAUAGUUACAUCGGUUGUUAACAAUUUUAUGAAAGUCCGAUCUAGCGAAUCCCCAACCCCACCAAGGCACUGGACAUAAUCUGCUUCAGUGGCAAGAAGAUCUCAGUAUUACCCCCCCCAGCGAGUUCUAGUGACAAAAAUAUUACAUCUCAUUGUUCCGGCAAAGGGAAUAAAGGUUGGAACUCGCAAACAGGCGAUCUGUAGAUUAUCAGUAACAUCGGCACUUGUUUGUCUUUUUUCACACUUGGUCCUACGAAUCUGCGGUUAUCGGAAAACUGCAUAAAGGCAAAAGCUCGAAGAAAAACCGCAAAAGAAAGGCAAAUAAUAUUCGAUCACAGCAAGGCUGUUUUCCCCCAGUACGGUAGAAUAUCUUUGGUCCCCUAUUUUAUGCCACAUAUUCGAUGUACUCAAAACGAAUAAGUAGCAAUUAAUUUCUCAAUUUAAAUUGUAGGGAAUUGGGAAAUUCACGGCAGGUAACCCCGUGUGGCACAAAUGGGAGACGCGUCGACCGUACUUUACUGAUUGAGCACGGCGCAUAUUUCGACUCGAUAUUGCAGUGCCACCCAAAAUGCUCGUCUUCCUCUUGUGAUAAUUAUCCUAUUUCCUGUAGUCUACAUUGCCACAUAGUAGAUGAAUAUUCAGCGAAUAUCAGACGCUGUUCCAGGACAUGCUCCCCUGACACUAAGCGCAAAAAUAUACCGAAAACGUUCGCGUCUGUAACCGUUCGUUGGGUCUUUCCUGUCAUUUACCUUAGGGCGAGCUAAUUUGGAAUGCAAAAUUAACGUCUAAGUCAUAUUUUAUGAUCCAGUGCACUUAGCGCAAAAGGCCUAACGGGAAAUGCGUAAGUCAGAAGCUGAAAGCCACUGAAUGCUUUUUAUAGCAGUCUUGGGAAAAUCAAGGAGUUUGCUCAACUCAUACGGAUUCGUGGGCGAUUUUCAAAGGAAAAAAAAUAAUACGCAAUCGGAGUUAUGGAUCCUGUGAAACGUAUUUUUCUGCUAUUUGGUGAAUGGCAAGGAGAACAAUGGGAAGUCUAGGUUAUAUAGACCGUCACAGAAUGAAAUUUUCGUGCAUAAUAUGCAUUACGAUCUAUCAAACACUGGCUAAAAUCUUGAAAACACUGUCUAAAGGAGAAACGUUUUGAGUCAGACAGCCCUAUUCCUGAAUCUCUAACGUAGUACAUUCAUGACUUUUAGUUACGAAUUGUCAUAGGCACCUACUUCGAUUGUAUUCCAGGGCCAGUGUAAAGUCACUUUUCUUCUGAGAGAACUUCCGUCGCAUUAAAAGCUACUGACUGGAAAUGUCCUUUCGCCUCUAGCAUUUCAGCAGUUCAUUUAAUUGGAGUGUACCUGGUGUUUGAAACAUUCUUCAAUCUGGAAAAAUCGUCUGGUAUAUUGUUAUCUGGACAAACGAUCGCGGUUUAUUAAUUCUUCUAUGAAACCUUAGCUGAGUAUUUUUUAGAUAUUUUUUCCACAGUCGACAUUCUUCAAAAUCUAACUUAAGAACGCUGCAGAUAUUUGACAUAAUUAGCUCACAACAUCUAGAAAUUUGAGACCAUGAAGACCGGAAGCUUUCCUUUUUUGAAAUGUUGCCUAUCAUUAAGAACGUUCAAAUGACACUGCUGGAGGAAUUUAACCAGUGACCAAAACUUCCUAAGUAAAGAAGACGACCCAAUCAUAAAUAUCUUAUCUAAACAGUGCUACUUUGUAAAACAUGUUGAGACAUGUAGAUGGGAAAAUUGACGAUGAAAAGGCAAAAUCUUAUGCUGUACGAACCUGCUCGAGCCAACUAUCCAUGCUUUAUAAUAUUACGAUUUUAGUUAAGUGAUACUGUCUGUUUAUGGGGGCUGUUUCAGCUUUCAUCGAUCUGGUCACAAUUCUAGUCCUAGAUUGCAUUCCACAAGAAAAUUUGAUUAAUAUUUGCUAACGCCAGUAUAAUACUAUGAGUGGAACAAAGAAAUACUGGCAAGCUGCCUUCCGUUCAACCUUCAAAAGACUUCACAACUUCUUCCUCUUGUAUAACAGUUUUCUAACAUUGCUGAAAACGAAAUCUGUGUGAGUGCCAGAUCACGGUCCGAGGAUAAUGCUUACUACGAACCAAUUCAGCCCCGGUUCCUGCCGUGAAAUUACUAAUAUUUUGGUAGAACUUAAGCCGUAUUUAAAACGACUGACUGGGAAGGUCAUUUCACCCUUAAAAUUUCAAAAGUUUAAGUGAAGAAGAAGAGUCGAGCACCGGAACUCUUAGUUUCUUGUCCUGAGCUUUCAGACUCGUACAGGAGUCCACCGUCAGAAGUAGUAGUAGAAACAGAACAAACGACAUUUAUAAGGCAUGUAGACCAGUCAUCGACCGACGGCGCAAGACCUGGGGUGACUACGCAGGGCUCUUUAAGCCGGCGCCAAAUCGAUAAAUCGAUUGACCGAGUUCUCAUCCGAGGCCCAGGCUUCAACCAAUUCUGGGUCUGUUUUGUUUCUGGAGUAGGCGACUAUUUCUUGCGUCUUGCGCCGUCGGUCGAUGAUUGGUCUGCAUGCCUUAUAACCGUCGCUUGUUCUGUUUCUACUACUACUUCUGACGAUGGACUCCUGUACGAGUCUGAAAGUUCAGGACAAGAAACAUAGUGUUUCGAUGCUCGACUUUUCUUCUUCACUUACGCAUACACCUGGAACUCGAAAUUUCGCCUUCAUUCAUUUCAAAAGUUUGUUUAACUGAAGGUUGGAUUAUCGAUGCGCUUUUAUUUUUGAUUUUCCCCAAAGGGAAGUUAAACAGUUGUCCUGCUCUAAACACUACGAAACUGUUUUGGCGCCGUUUGUACCCACCGUCCAAGUGACAGCCGGCACCGAGACUCCGUCUUUGCGGGUGCGGGUCUCCUGGCUCUCGGUGAACGCUUCGGCUUCUCUGGUUGCACUCAGUCUUACCACUGCUGCUGCUGCUGGCGCGUCUGCGGCUGGGCGACCGGAUGCACGGAGGACCACGGAGGCUGCCGAAUCGCGCUGCCUCAUAACUGCGGGUGAACAGCUGACGUGGUUACCCGACCCGCGUCUCUUUGUCUGGCAGGUGGAGACCGACCGCUGCCAGGUUUUCACCUUCGCCACCGGGGAACAGCUGCAAAGCCAGGAAGUCUACGAUGCAAAUGAUAAGCAGGAUUUCUUCAGGCCCGCUGCCGAUGGCAAGUCACGUGUAUAA